GUAAAUGCCGAUGUAGAAGGGAUAAAAUCUGAAUUUCUCAUACAUAUAUAAAACAGGUACAGGUUUGGUUUGAAAAACAUUGGAGUACUUUGUCCGUAACGAGGCAGUUCAUAAUCUCGGCGAGGCAAGUAUCGCCUACUUACACCUAUCUGUUCUAUUCGCGUAAUCGCGACGAAAAUUUCGUUCCCCAGACGAGACUGUUGCGUCUUCUCGCGCUGAUGGCAUUGCUCGUCGAUCGUAUUCGUACGUUGUCGUUGGCCACGAGCGAGGAAAAUCGCCUCUCCGUUAUAUACCGCAACGAAGAGAAAAUCGACGAAGGAAAGAUGCAGCCCCCCGUCGUCGUCGUAAUUUUUGCCGUUUGCUUCGGCUUUUACAUCGUACCGCGCGUGACAGCCAAACAGGACACUUUACCAUCGAUAGAGGCAAGUUCUUCGAUCGUCGAUCAGCAGUCUGCCGUUCAAACGACGAACAACGACGAAGCACGACGUUCGGACGUUGCUGGGACGUUAAACAGGCAAAAGAGGACACUUUUAUUGAAGAAGAAACUUAUCGGAGCAGGUCUUUUGGGUUUCGGGCUGGGUGCCAUAAAAGGAUACAAAGUUGGUUACAAGACUGCUCCACAAAUUCAUCGGGUGUAUCUGUCAGCUCCUCCAGCAUCCGUGAAAUACGUCGAAUACAUCGACGAGCCAAUCUUCGUUGAAAAGAUAAUCGAAAGGCCAACUCCGGUUUUUAAACCGACGCACGUCGAAUACAAAGAUUCUUCUCCUUACGGGCCUUGGUAACUCGUCAAAAAUCACGUGAAAUAAAGGCUAAAAAAUUGUUCAUACGACUACGACAUACUCGUCGGAGCAGCAGGAAGAAAAAUUUGCAAACUGGAAGAAAUUACGAUCGCGUUUCGCUAUCGUCGAAACGUCACGCGCGCACUGUGACGCCCGUCGCGUUGCGUAUACGAUACGUACGCAUCUGCGCAACACGCGUACGUUCGGAUUAACGUUGUACGAUAGAACAAAACGAUAUUUAAUCCAUUUAACUUUACAGUUUCGAUCAAUGAUUCAAACAGAUGUCACGACUUUUUCAUCGUCGAAAAUAAAUCAUCGCAUUUGAGAAAAAAUGCAAAGUAACG